AUGAAGUGUUUGAAGGUCGACGAGUACAUCAAGCGCACAGCUUCUCUGAGGGACACGGCUCUUUUAUCUGAAGAGCUACAGAAUUAUGUGAAGAGUCAACCUGGGCUUCAUGGUCGGACAUUGUGUGACAGAGUCAUUAGAGCCUGUAACCAUCAACUUGGAGUUGGACCCCCUGACCCUGACCACAUCAGUCAGCUGAUAAAGCUGGUGGAGCUUGCCCUUCAUGGAUAUGAUUUGUCUGGAGCACAUGUUCCCCAAAACAGCCCUUUGUACAUGGAAAAGAUAAUUUUCCAUAUUGUCAAGAAACUCAGCUCUUUGGGGGUUCACACUUUAUGCAGUCACCUAGCCCGGCUGCUUUACAGCAGGCUUACUCCAGUACAACAGGUUGAAGAUUACUGUGUUCUUGUGCGAAGCUGCUUUUCAGUGCUCUGGAAUGGAUUAUCUUCUACCAAAGAUGGUACAACCCUGAAUCACAGGGACAAGCUUCGCUUCCAGAUACAAGCUCUGAGCUUCCUGCUGUUGUUGGACAGAGAGAGCACUGUGCCUCCCUCCUAUUCCAAAGCUCCCAUUUACACAGAAGAUGCCUUGGUAGCGUUUGAGAAUAGCUGUGGGACAGUGACCAAGGAGGAUGCUUCCUUUCUUCUACAGGAAACACACACACUCUUCUCAAUGUGUUGGACAGGUGGUAGAGGCAGUGACGGAAGUGGUGACGGGCAGUCUGAGAAACGCAAUUUGGCCAUUCUUUCUGAAGUGUUACUGGUUACAGCUAAACUACUUUGUAAGGCAGGUCACUGGGACCUGGCUCACACUUUACUGGGUGAAACUGAGAGCAAGAUCACACUUUGUGGAGACUGUCAUCGUACACCUCUGGUGCUUGGUAAAUGGGCGGUAAAAACUCACUCUUCCAUGACAUCUGGAGAGGAGAAUGGCCAAGCUUUCACAGAGUGUGCCCGAGCCUUGAGGUCUCUUCCAGUUGACCUGGGGGACCAGGAAGCUCAUGCUAUUCUGGAGGGAUGCAGUCUAAUGGUAUGGGCAGUCGACAGUGGACACAGCAAAGGACUAAGUGGAUCCGUGCUCCUGGCCUGGUUUUCAUUUCUUGAAGAGCAUCAGGAGCAAAUAUUUAAAGCACUUCAGAAGAAUUUGGCGUGCCAGACUGAGGUCAGCAGACUCCAGCAGUCACUGUGCUUCAGUAUGUACCAGGGCUUCGUAUUUGCUUAUGAGAGCAUGCUGGCCUCCCAGCUUGAGAGCAGUGAUACUCUGGACAGAGUGCUGCUGUACUGCCAGGCCACAGCUGGACGGAUGAUGACUGAACUAUGCAAGCUCCCUACGGAUAACAUUCUCAUUAAAGCAGUGGUUGCUGUGAGCAACUUGGUGUGUGGAUUGUACAACCGGCGACUCUAUGACCAGGCCUUCACUUUAGUGGAGAUUCUCUGUCAGGACCUAUGCAAGAAUAGACCUGGCUCUCUCUCUGUCGAUAGGUUGAGCCGACCCUUCAUGCUGGCAGUGCAGAGCUCUCGGCGGGGCGGCCAGCUGGAGCGAGCCUUGGACUGGGUUAUCCUGUGGCUUAAGGCCCUGGGGGACGAAAUCACAACUCAUAUGGCUGAACCUGUCUCUUUGUGGGUGAAAACGAAGGCUGAUGCAGCCCGCAUUGGUGAGGAGGACGUCCGGCUCAGGACCCUGCGAGAUGGUUUUGGUCCUGAUGUUCCUGAUGAGGCGGUAAUGCUUUGCCUGUUGGAGGAGGAGCUGCGUGCUUACAAAGAGGUGGCAGGGGACACCGCACAGGAGCGUUACAACACUCUGUGUGAUCUGCUGGACAUCUGCCAUGAGGAGAGCACCCACACACACCUGCGUGCUGUCUACCUGUGUGAAAUGUCCCAAGUGGUGUGUUUCCAGGAUUUCAGUGAACAGACUGACUGUAUGGCAGUUGAUUUUACCCAUGAAGCUUUGCGGCUGCUUGAAGAAGAGCCAGUGACUGCAGAGAAUGCUGACAGACUGAAGGAUGACAAGGCCCACACUUUGCUUUGGCUCUAUAUCUGCACUCUGGAGAAAAACCUUGAGGAGGCCAUUGAUAAGGAGAAAAAACUGCAAGACUUGCGUGAGCAGACGCAAGCUGUGUCAAAUCCCAUUGGGACCAAUGAUUUUGACUAUGAAGACAAGCAAAAGAUGCAGGACAGCACCCCGGUCUAUGAAGGCCUGCGUUUCAACCUGGCUGCAGAGAACAAGUUGUGCCAACCUCUGGAAAGAGCCCUGGAUGAGUGGUCAUCCCUUCUGCACACUCCAGUCUUGCCAUCUGUCAGGAACCCCAAGCAGACUCACAGCUCCAUUGUUCUGACUGCUGCCCUCUUCAAACUUAUGGGAAAGCCUCUGAAGGCUUUGGAAGCUUACCAACUAGCUUUUGGCCUCUCACGUCACCUUGCUGAUGGUCAACGAAGUGCCAGCUCCCUCUGUCAGUCAGCCAGGAUUCUCCUCAGUCUCGGUUCCCCUGAGAUGGCUUGGGCUCAGCUGGAGCAAGCAGAACAGUUUCUUACCUCAGAUAUCACUGCUGAAGGGCCCUCUUCCCUUUCCAUGCUGGCUGUUCUAUUGAGGGCUGAGUACUGCUACAGCACAGGACAGGUGCUGCGUGGGGUGCCUUAUUUGUGUGAGGUGCUUAAAGAGGUGAAUGAGCAGAGACAAUCCAAGACCUGGUACCUGCUGCGAGCCCAGGCUCUCCAAACCUGUAGUUCUUACCUGACUCUGGACACGGCUGCACUGCCACAAGCCCAGCGCCAUCGCAUCACCCAGCAUGGCUUAAAUAACCCAGACACAGCCUUGUAUGAGAGCCUGAAGCUUCUCUGCAGCCUGCUGGUCACUCUAGUGGGGAAGGGCCUGUAUGGGACUUACAGCAACAGUUCAGACAUACGCUUCAUCGACCAAGGAGAUAACCUGGUGCUGAAGUGGCAGCUGCUGUCAGAGCUGCUGAGCUGCUCUAUGAAGAUGGUGGCUGUGAGGAGCAGCUGUGGGGCCAUCCAUGACGCCAGGCUUCAAUGCUUAGAAGCCCUUAAACUAGCCAUCAAGCUGCAGGCACUCAGCCAUUGUGCGGAGCUGCUGGUGCUGAAGGCGGAGCUUGAGCUGAUGCAGGGUGAGAGAGAGGAAAGUGGGUUUGAUCUGGAGAAAGUCAGGAACCUUCUGGAACUUUGCACAGAUUUUUCUAAUCAGGAGCAGAAGACUGAAGUGAAAAUCAAGCCAAGGAAAGGCCGUCCAGCACAGAAGUCACAAUCUGCUCUGCCCAGCCAGGACGAUGAUUGUAAAGGCUUCCUGAGCACAAGGUGGUUCCCUAAAGAUCCUGUGGAGAGAGAUCAGGCCAGUUCCCCGCCUCUUAAAGCCCAGCCCCGCCGCUGGCUCUCCUCCUUGGCUCAUGAACCUGACUGCCAGUGCUCCUGCUGCUCCGAGCCCUCUCUCGGCCGCGUCACUGCCCGAUGGGCUGCUACACAGGCUGAUCUGGCACUCCACUUGGGUCCCACUGAAGCAAGAGUCAGCUGGAAGCUUCAUCAGGCCACAUUAGCCCGCUGUAAGAGUGUCACUGCCAAACUUGGGACAGAAUUGUCUAAAAUUUUCCCUCUCUGUGGCACUGCCAAGGGUUCUGCCAAGCCUUCCCUGAUGCAGGAUGUGGUAGGCCGUGUGUAUUUGCGCAUGGCCCUGUCUGGAUUGGAGCCACGGCUUGACAAGGUCCAUGGUAUAUGGAAAGUCCUGGAGGCUGGCUUAGCAUUUGUGAGUGCCAAGUCCUCUCCAGAGCUCAGACCUCUGAGAGCAGGUCUAAUGACAACCAAAGCAAUAGCCUCAUUACUUAUGCUGGCUGCAGAGAAAGACUGCCCCCCGGAAGAGAUCUUCUGUGAUGCUUGGACUUGGAACCCACCAAAACAGUCCAUAGAGCUGGAAUCAAAACACAAAACAGUGCCUCCUCCAUCCUCACUAAAGAAGACUAAGGACUCAGUCAAUGCUGUCAAAGAGCUAAGUAUUCCUGGCAAAACAAAAGAAACAAAGAAGACUAAGGCUUCUGGACCACAAAUUAUAAUGAUAAGCUCCUCAUCCAAAGGAAAAAGUCUGCCCCCCAAAACACCAGUUGUGGUGAAAUCAUCCAAGUUCAAAUCCUCUGUUAAGGAGUUUGGCUCUUUUGGUUUUGACUCAGAGGUACCUACUUUGGCCUGUACUCCCGUCCAGAAGGUCAGAGCCCCUGGCUCAGCACAGAGAGGAGCAGCAAAAGCUGCCCCUAGACUGCAGUUUCAUGUUUAUGAAGAGCUGCCUGCAGCUGAAACUGUCCCGCCUGUACCUGCUGCCCCCAAACGCACAAAGAAAUCACGUUUCAAGGUGGAGUUCAGUGAUGAGAGUGACUCAGAGGUUAAUCCCCAGGCAGAGCUCAAAGAAAAAAAGGAUGUCUCUAAAAAACGUACCACUACCAGGGCAGCCCAGAAGCUUAAAACAGCUCCAGAGCCAACUGUGGCUCCAAAGAGGCAGACUAGGGUUAAGAAGAGUACUGCACUCCCUGUAUCCACCUCUUCUGAGGAUGAAGGGGCAGUGGUGCGUCAGGCUGCCCCAUUAAGAAGAGGCAGAUGCAGGAGGCUGCCUGCAACGGAGGCAGCAACAGAGGAGUUAGAGAAAAUGAGGACCAUUGAAGAGGAGACUGAUGGAGUCUUCAACGUUAGCAUCGAACAGCUGAGAGCAUCAGACACUGAGACGGAGGACAAUGCUGCUUCAAGCAUAGAUUUUGAGGUCUUGCGGAGGGAUUUGUGUGGUAAUUUGGGGAGAGAUGAUGUGUCUGAGCAGCGGAGCAGAGGCCAUUUGAGAGAAGGCCUGCAAACCCAUCUGUCUCAUUCAGAUGCCAGGCCAGACAGUCUUAAUGUGGAAGCGGUUCAGUCAUUGCUGCGGUCCGCCUGGUUGGCCCUUCAACACUUUCCUCCUACCACCCUCUAUCCAAGCCUCUGUGCCCUUUUGGCCCUGACCUUGGGACAAAGGGACCCCAUAACUACAGCGAUGCUACAUACCCAGUCUCUUGGUGUCACUAACCGCCAUCGCAUGAACAGGCAUUUAGCCAGUUCUCUCAAGAAGCUGAGAAAAACUUCUAGUGAGCUAGCAGACAGGAUGGAUGCCCUGAGUCUAGAUGAGCCCAGUCCAGCCCAGUCUGGGACUCCUCGUGAGCAACGACUGUCUCAGUUGGAGAACAUCUUUUCCUUCUCUUCUGCCGAUUCCUCCGCUUUCCCACAGCAAGACUGCCAAGAGUUCAUCCAACAAAUUCAACAACUUCCCUCGGGAGUGACAGUGUGUGUGCUGUCUAUGCUUGGAGUGAAACCUGGGCAGAUGGGGGACACCGUAGUACUGUCCCGUCUUGAGAGGGGAUCAACCCCUGUGACUGUUCACUUUCCCACUUCCCAACUGCAGCACCCCAUUAGUUGGCUGGUGCAGGAGAUGGACAGCAUCCAGGUGGAACAGAAGGUUGUCAGCUGUGUCUCUGAGAAAACCAAGUGGUGGGAGGGCCGCAGGGCUCUAGACACACGUGUUGAGCGACUGUUGGAGGAGAUGGAGGGAUUGCUGGGAUGCUGGCAGAGCCUUCUUCUACCUCUAAAGUCUAAUCCUCAGCUCUCCAAUCAGGCCAAGCAACUGUGCAAGGCUUUAUCUGCCAGGGGAGUGACUGUCAGUGAGGAGAUGAUUAAGGCUGUGCUGUCUGCAUCGCCUCUGCUCUCCCAAGAAGAACUUAAAAGAUUUGCUUUUGGAGUUUGUCCAGAGUGGGAUGAGGAGUGCGACCACUUGAUGCAGACAGCUGUGUCUCAGUUGGCAGACAGAGAAGAACCUGAUGGCCAUGUAGUUCUCAUUCUGGACAAGUACCUUCAGAAGCUGCCAUGGGAGAGCAUCUCCUGCUUGAGGUCUUGCUCUGUUACUCGUAUGCCUUCUCUACACUCACUACUCGGACUUUGCAUUCAGAAAGAGACUGACCCUCAGUCCAUCCUGAAGCAAGGUGUAGAUGCUAAGCAGGUGUUCUAUGUGCUUGACCCUGAUGCUAAUUUGGGAAACUCGCAGGAGAGAUUCAAGGAAUGGUUUAGCAGUAAGCGGGACUGGCUGGGUGUGUGUGGAGUUGCUCCUGACUCUGGUCAACUGGAGCAAGCUGUCGCUACCAAAGAUCUCUAUAUUUACGUGGGUCACGGUGCAGGCGCACGGUUCCUGGAUGGCCAGAGGGUCCUGAAGCAGGAGAUGAGAGCAGCAUCCCUGCUCUUUGGCUGUAGUAGUGCUGCUCUGGCGGUGCGUGGGGACCAAGAAGGAACAGGCAUCAUCCUCAACUACCUCAUGGCAGGCUGCCCUUUCGUUUUGGGAAACCUGUGGGAUGUGACAGAUCGGGACAUUGACCGCUUCACCAAAGCUUUACUGGAGUCCUGGUUGUCUGCUGGGCCUGGAGCGCCCCUCCUGCACUACAUGAGAUCGUCCCGGCAGGCCACACACCUCAAAUACCUCAUAGGAGCUGCACCUGUGGUCUAUGGCUUACCAAUCCAUCUGCAAUAGGAGGUGUCCUAAAAUAGGAUUUUAACAGCUUCAGCAACAUCAAAAAUUAUUGUUCCCCCGCUAGAGCGGGAGGACAUUAUUUUAAACUUGGAAUUUAUUUUUCAGUUGAAGCUUUUGCAAGCUUUUAAGUACAAUUCUUUACUUAAUCCAAUGUUUUUAAUUUAAGUGAGUGCUUUCAUAGUGUGAAUGUAUUUUUUAAUAUAUUGUGGAUAUGCCAGUUGUUUCAGUGCAAACCUAGUCUGCCAAGAAACAUUGAUGGAAAUUUUAAUAAAUGUUUUUCUCACUUUUGA